AUGUCGGCAGGAACUUCCGGGAGAUCAGAAACCCUAGCGAAGGUAGUCCAAACGCUCCGUCUUCACCAACCAAAGCACGAUUCCGAUUUCUCCGCCGGAAGUAUUAGCAACAAGGAUUCCAUAGUUGGAGAUUCAGCCAGUGAGUCGGUGUCUAGCCGAGCUAGAUCGAGAUCCCAACCUAAUCGAGCUGCGGUCUUGGUAUGCUUAUUCGAGGGUGAAUCAGGUGAAAUUCGCGUGAUUCUGACUAAGAGAUCUUCAGCCAUGUCCUCUCACUCCGGAGAAGUUGCGUUGCCUGGAGGUAGGUGGGAAGAAGGCGACGAGAACGACGCAGAAACGGCGUUGAGAGAGGCCAAAGAAGAAAUCGGAUUGGAGCCUUCAGCUGUGGAGAUCAUAACCAUUCUGGAACCCUACCACACUAAGCGGAAUAUUAUCGUGUAUCCAGUAGUUGGAGUUCUGUGGGAUAAGAAUGGCUUUAAUCCUGCCCCAAAUGCUACAGAAGUGGAAUCUGUAUUUGAUGUGCCUCUAGAAAUGUUUCUCAAGAAUGAAAACCGAAGAGAACAGGCAGGGGAACUCAUGGGCUAUAAAUUUACUGUUCAGCUCUUUGAUUACCAAACUAAGAACACAACAUAUGUGAUAUGGGCUCUGACUGCCGCAAUUUUGAUCAAAACUGCAUCAGUUGUGUUUCAACGACCACCUGCUUUUGAAGAGCGUGCACCAGUAUUUUGGGGUAGAAGUCGCCAUUGAAAGUUUCAAACUCUUAAGGAAUUGAGGAUGUGCAUUAAAAUGGCAUCCGGUUCUUCGCCACCAGUGUUCUUCCAAGGUAACUCACUCUAAUUCCCUAGGCAAAAUUGAUGAUAUUCAAUCCAAGGUAAUUCAUUUCAACUGGCCUUAGAGGGGAAUGUGUAAGGAUUCUAUAAUACACUGUGAAAGUGAAACUAACGUGUUGUGGUUUGCAGUGCUGUGUGUCCAUAUUUUAUGUCACAGUAGGUCUCACUUAGUAUCAUAAUAGAGAUCAAUUAAGUUAUGUCCCGUUCCUAAUGAUGUGGGGGUAAACUAGAUGAUCAUGAGUUCAAACCCGACGUCUCUAGGUUAUCUGUCACAUAUGGUUAGCCUAGUGUAGCUUGUGUUGUGGGACUUAGUUCGCAGGGUAUUAGUACUAGAUUUGGCAUGGAUUUAACCAGCAGUGAAUUCACACGUCAUUAAAAUAAAUAAAUAAAUAAUGAAGAUACGGUUGCUUUCGAUUUCGAGAGGAAUUUGUUGCAGUAGAUAAGCUUCACUUUUCCUGUAAUGUAAAUAAUGUGUAUUGUUUUCCAAGGCUAUAUAGGUUGCUCCUGUAAUGUAAUAAUGUGUAGUGUUUUCUUAGGCUAUAUAGGUUGCUGCUGUUGUA